AUGGGAAAAGCUACAGGACAGGCGCAGCCGCGGAAGGAGCGGCCGCCGCCGAAGGAGAGUAUGGUGCUGGUGCCGCCGCUCUUCGACUACCCUCCCAUCGCCGCGCGCACCAGGAUGUCGGUGCCAGCAUAUGAAGUAAUGUUUGGAAAGCUCUCGCUGCAGAACCUGUUCGAGGACUACUUCGAUCAAUCUGGGAAUAUGACGUCAAGGAUCAUGCUGAAGGCAGACCCUCAUGCUGAUUUGAUUGCUACAGUGUCUGCAGCAGCUGAUAAAAAAUGUGGAAACGUAAAGGGGGAUGCUUUAUUCCACUGGCAAAAAGAAUCAGAUGACCCCCAUACCUUUGUGAACCUUCUUGUGUCGACUUCAAAUCCUAUGUGGCAGCUGCGGUCAUCUGCGUACUAUCCUGAGUAUGGUAUUGGUGCAUUUGGAACAUUACAACUAAUGGGAAACAGGGUGCGCUCAGAAGAGUCUGGAGUCGUGGGUUUAAGAUAUGGUUCAGAGAGUAUAUCACUUGGUGCAUCUUUUGUGCCAUUUCCUUUAUCCGGUGUGGUGCCGUAUGGAGCAUGGUUGGUUGGCAGAAAAGGGAAUUUAAGUGCAGGAGUUCAAUACAAGCCUCUUAGUGGAAACAAAAAUACUAUGCCAUUUACAGAUCCGGAGAACUGGAAUUGUGCAAUCAGUUACAGUGUCGGGUCAACUAGCCCGCUCAGCCCUUUAUCCACUUUUACCCUAGAGCUUGCCAGAAGUAAACAGCUAACAACAUCAUUCUAUCAACACAUGGUUGUUCAGAGAGGGGUAAAAAACCCUUCAGAAGAUAAGGAGGUUGUUGAAAUUACGAACUACAUUGAUUUUGGACUUGAGUUUACUGGAAGGAUUGAUAAAGAUAAACCAGAGAAUGACAAUUCCUUGUUUCAGUUAGCUGCAAGUUGGCAAGUUAAUAAGAACUUCCUAUUGAAGGGAAAGCUUGGUCCUUCCAAGUCUUCCGUAGUUCUGGCACUCAAAUCAUGGUGGAGACCAUCGUUUACAUUUAGUAUCACAGCUGUGAAUGAUCAUUCAAAGGGUACAACAUCAUUUGGAUUUGGCAUUCGAACGGAGGAUCUCAGACAACCCAGUUACCAAAGAGCUGAUCCAAACUACAUCAUGUUGACACCAAAUAUGGAACACUCAUCGCAAGGAGCUGGGGAGCGACCCGUGUUCCAGGCGCGUUCAGGCAGCUAUGAUCAUUUACCAACAGAUUUGAGGCCUAUUGACAGAAUAAUGUAA